CCGGCCGGGAGUAUCGGGAUCACUUCCGGGUGGCACUCCAGGGCCACGAGUCGCGAUUGGCCUGCGGUAGACGGGACACUUCCGGUGUCCAGGUGUGGGUUCCUUGGCUGCAAGGGGAAGAUGGAGCCGUGCGCGGCGGCGCGCGCUUGGUCCCUCCUGUGGCUGCUGCUCCCUUUGCUGGGCCCGGCCUGCGCCAGCGGUCCCCGCACUCUGGUGUUGCUGGAUAACCUCAACCUGCGGGAGACACACUCGCUUUUCUUCCGGAGCCUGAAAGAUCGGGGCUUUGAACUCACAUUCAAGACCGCCGAUGACCCCAGCCUGUCCCUCAUUAAGUACGGGGAGUUCCUCUAUGACAAUCUCAUCAUCUUCUCCCCCUCGGUGGAAGAUUUUGGAGGCAACAUCAAUGUGGAGACCAUCAGUGCUUUUAUUGACGGGGGAGGCAGUGUCCUGGUAGCUGCCAGCUCGGACAUUGGUGACCCUCUCCGAGAGCUGGGCAGUGAGUGUGGGAUCGAGUUCGAUGAGGAGAAAACAGCUGUCAUCGACCAUCACAACUAUGACGUCUCCGACCUCGGCCAGCACACCCUCAUCGUGGCCGACACUGAGAACCUGCUGAAGGCUCCGACCAUCGUCGGGAGAUCGUCCCUAAAUCCCAUCCUCUUUCGGGGAGUUGGGAUGGUGGCGGAUCCUGACAACCCGCUGGUACUGGACAUCCUGACAGGCUCUUCCACCUCUUACUCCUUCUUCCCAGAUAAACCCAUCACCCAGUACCCCCACGCAGUGGGGAAGAACACGCUGCUGAUCGCCGGGCUCCAGGCCAGGAACAACGCCCGGGUCAUCUUCAGCGGCUCCCUCGACUUCUUCAGCGAUGCCUUCUUCAACUCUGCAGUGCAGAAGGCCAUGCCUGGUGCCCAGAGGUAUUCCCAGACGGGCAACUAUGAGCUAGCGGUGGCCCUGUCCCGCUGGGUGUUCAAGGAGGAGGGGGUUCUCCGCGUGGGACCUGUGUCCCAUCAUCGGGUGGGCGAGACAGCCCCGCCCAACGCCUACACUGUCACUGAUCUAGUGGAGUACAGCAUCGUGAUUGAGCAGCUCUCCAAUGGCAGGUGGGUCCCCUUCGAUGGUGACGACAUUCAGCUGGAGUUUGUUCGCAUCGACCCUUUUGUGAGGACCUUCUUGAAGAGGAAGGGUGGCAAAUACAGCGUCCAGUUCAAGUUGCCCGACGUGUACGGCGUGUUCCAGUUCAAGGUGGAUUACAACCGACUGGGCUACACCCACCUGUACUCUUCCACGCAGGUGUCCGUGCGGCCCCUGCAGCACACACAGUACGAGCGCUUCAUCCCCUCGGCCUAUCCCUACUACGCCAGCGCCUUCUCCAUGAUGGCAGGGCUCUUCGUCUUCAGCGUCGUCUUCUUACACAUGAAGGAGAAGGAGAAGUCCGACUGAGGGGCCAGGCCGGACUCUCUACAGCAGAGAAUGGAGGUUUUAUCAGGGCGGGUUGGCUGUUUUGUUUUGUUUUGUUUUGUUUUGUUUCGAAGCCGCGGGAAAUGGCACAGCCUUAUUACCUCAGUGGGGGACGCAGCGCUGGGUACGGGAGGGGGCAGGGAUCAUUUUUGCAUUUCUUCCACCUUGAAUUGCUGUGUGUUUUUCAUAUGUACAGUCACCCCAUCUCUAAAAUAAAGAGAAACGUUGCCCUCACA